UUUUUUGAAAAUGGGGAGGUUGUAUCUCGAGGCAGAUGGCGUGAAGUGGUCUGUGUUUGAGUAGUGAUCCCGCGCCCUCGAGAGGGGCGGCGGUGGUCAACGGUAUGGCGACUGUUUGCAUCGGCGACAAGAUAAAGGAUUUCAAGGUUUUAACGCUGUUGGGGAAGGGUUCGUUUGCAUGUGUUUACAGAGCAAAAUCUGUCAGUACUGGUCUGGAAGUAGCGAUAAAAAUGAUUGACAAAAAGGCAAUGCACAAAGUGGGAAUGGUACAGAGAGUCCGUAAUGAAGUGGAGAUUCACUGUCAGUUAAAGCAUCCCUCUAUAUUGGAGCUUUACAACUAUUUUGAAGAUGACAAUUAUGUCUAUUUAGUCUUGGAGAUGUGUCACAAUGGAGAGAUGAGCAGAUAUCUAAAGAACAGGAAAGCUACGUUUUCUGAAGAUGAAGCUCGACACUUCAUGCAUCAUAUUAUUACUGGAAUGCUCUACCUCCACUCUCAUGGUAUACUGCAUCGGGACCUCACUCUUUCCAACCUUCUUCUUACAAGUGAUAUGAACAUAAAGAUUGCUGACUUUGGAUUGGCAACACAAUUGAAAAUGCCACAUGAAAAGCAUUUUACCAUGUGUGGCACCCCCAAUUACAUUGCACCAGAGAUUGCAACCCACAGUGCUCAUGGCCUUGAAUCUGAUGUCUGGUCUCUUGGUUGCAUGUUUUACACCUUUCUGGUAGGAAAGCCGCCAUUUGAUACUGACACAGUUAAAAAUACACUUAAUAAGGUGAUGCUGGCAGAUUAUAAAAUGCCAACGUUUAUCUCCAAUGAGGCUCAAGAUCUCAUUUACCAGCUGCUUCGAAAAAAUCCAGAAGACCGUAUCAGUCUUUCUAGUGUAUUAGAUCAUACAUUCAUGUUAAAAUGCCCUUCGCCCAGAAGUAAAAGUUCAGAAACUGUGGAGGAUUCAAUGGAUAGUGGGCAUGCCACGAUUUCAACAGGAUAUACUAUAGGAACAGGAUCUUCUGGUGCUAGUACAAUGGGACGCUUGCAUCUAAAGACUAAAGUUAUAGGACAGUUUCUUCCCAACAAAAUGGCAGUCAUCACCUCUCACAACAGACUUAAUAAUAACUCCUCCAUGGAAGGCAGUGCAGUCUUUAGUGACAGAAGUAUACAAAACUCUGAAAUUAUCAGAGCUGACAGAGGAAGAAUUGUACAAAUUGCAGAGGAAGAACGACCUCACUCUCGAUGGCUUCGUAGAGCACACUCCACUGAUAGAUCUGGUACCUUUCAAAGCCAGAAUACAGAAAAGUCCAGUAGUACUUUGGAGCGAUGUCACUCUGCUGAUGCUCUGACGAUUUCUGCCAGACCUGGAAUGUACAAUCCUGCAAAUGCAUAUGGAGAUGGUUAUAUGGAUAAUCAGCAACUCAAUAAAGACAGUUCGUGUAUUGGUGGCUCACAUGAGAAACCUGCCAUAUCUCCACCUGUCAAGCAGACAGCAAAAUCAAAAGUUGCUCAUGAGCCUGUGUCUGAUGGGCCGUUCUUAGAGCAGUUGUCUCAGAUUGGCAUGACGCAUCGCUGGUUUGAAGAUGGUCAGGCACAUAAUGCUCCAUUCAAAACUGUCGUGGAUGUUAGUGCCGGUAGCACUAGUGAAAAUUUCUAUUGUGGAAGAAAACAACAGAUUAUGAAAGAAGUAAUAUCAGCAAGUGCAUGGGGAAAAAAUCCUAGCAACCAAACGAAAAGUGAUACUUUUUAUCAAGAGAGCUGUUUCAAAACACAGAUGGGAAUUCAGAAGUGUGAUGAGGUUCUUCUACCACAUUGUGCCAAAGGAGGCAAUGGACAAGCAGACAUUCCAUACAACUGUUGUCAAGUUUUGAAACCACACAGCUUCAUCCAACAAGAAAGACAACCUUCUGAGAAUCAGUCGAGGAUGUUGCAAGAGUUGGUGUCACCACUGAGGGCCCACAGACUUAAACCAAUCCGUCAGAAAACCAAAAAUGCAGUGGUGAGUAUUCUUGACUCUGAAGAAGUUUGUAUGGAACUUCUAAAAGGAAGUGGCGCUCAAGAGCGUGUGAAGGAGGUACUGAGAAUAUCCUCAGAUGGAAGCACGAUCCAUAUUUAUCACCCAAAUGAGGGAAAAGGUUUCCCACUGGAUGACAGACCUCCAUCUCCACCAGAGGAUGUAUUUGCUUACAGUUUUGACAACUUGCCAGAAAAGUACUGGAAAAAAUAUCAAUAUGCAUCCAAGUUCGUCCAUUUGGUAAGAUCUAAAACUCCAAAGGUCACACUGUACACUAAAUAUGCCAAAUGCAUGUUAAUGGAGAAUAGUCCACAAGCUGAUGUUGAAGUCUGCUUUUAUGAUGGAGCCAAAAUUAACAAAACAUCAGAGUUUCUUCGAAUCAUAGAGAAAUCUGGAAAAUCUCACACUCUCAAAGGAACAAAAAUAAAUGGGCCAGGUGAAGAAAUAAAUUCUUAUGUGGAACAUGCACACGAGGCUCAUCAGACUUGUCUUGAACUGGAAUCAAUAAUUGCAAUACAAGAUGAAAGGAAGGAAAAGCCGGUGUCAUUUUUUCCAAUAAUUAUUGGAAGACGGCCAUCCAGUGCAGACCCAAUGCUGUCUCCAGCUCCUUCAGUAGGCCCAAAAUCUGCAGCAGGGGAGCAACCACAGAUCCAACAUAUCUUUUCUAGCCAUACUACAAGCAUUACUCCUUCUAUUUGUUCAUGUGAAAGUUCCAAUUUAACAACGACCACUGUUGAAAAAAAUAAAUCUGCACCUUCAACUCAGACUGUAGUAUCUCCCAGUCCAGGGCAGGUGCUGAAAUCUGUGUUUGUACCUAAUGUUGGUUGGGCUUCUCAGCUAAUCAGUGGUGAAGUCUGGGUUCAAUUUAACGAUGGUUCCCAGCUCCUGGUGCAAGCUGGAGUCGCAUCUGUUGUUUACACAUCUCCUCAGGGCCAAGCAGUCAGGUAUGGGCAAAAUGAGAAGAUUCCAGAUCACGUGAAAGGGAAACUACAGUGCCUCUCUUCAAUCCUAGGAUUGCUGGCAAAUCAAACAAACCAACAUAUUAUUCAGUAAGCAAGUUCAUCUGUAAUGUGAAGUCAGAAGUUUGGCAACAUUCUCUUCUGGUAUUCUGUUGUUCAGCAUGCUUUUCAGAGAAAAAUUGGAGUUUUCUUUUUCUGUAAUAGUAUGAAACUUGAUUAACAACUAACCAAGUUCAAGUUGAAGAAUUGUUUAUAAAAGUGUAAAUAUGCUAUAAAGUCUGUAUAUUUUGUAAUGCUUGUUAAUGUACAUUGAAGACUUUUAUUUUUCUAUUGCUCAUUUAGGUGAAUUUUGAAUGAACAUCAAUGUCAUGUGUUAAAACAAUUUUAAAAAAAAAAGUUGAAGUGGUAGAUUGUUGAAUUGUAUUUGUCUGCUUUGUGUAUAAAGGGAUUUAUACAAAUUAUAUAAACUUGUACAUGAACAUUUUUGCUUUUGUAAGACAAUUUUAUAUAGGCAUUUUAUAUACUUCUGUGGAUGUAUUUUGAUUUCAACCAUUUUAGCAUUGAUCUGUUUGUGCCAUGUUCUAGCUUUACAUUUCACCUGUUGUAAGCAAAACACUUCCUUUUUUUUUUCCUAUUCCUCUCCCAAAAUGAAAUUGGGAAUUGUACUCUGUCCUUUUACACAUCAGCAUCAUGAAACCUUUUUACCCUGGAUUUUUAACACCUUUUGAAAUCUUGAAAUGGCAAAGCGAAGCAAUUUGCAAAUUUAGCAAGUAAUGCUAUAUAUUCUGGUAUUUUGUUAAUGUGGAAAGUAUGUUAAAGUUGGCUGCAGUACUUCUGCCCCAAUACUUUGACUUGUUUUAAAAUCAGUAAGUAUUAACUAUUUACUAAUUUUGGUUUUAAUCUCUGGGGUCCAACCUUAGUAUGUAGCUGAAAAAUAAUGAUUUGCUGAAGUGAAUGAAACGAGCACCCAGUUGCUGAAAUGGCAUGAAUUGUUUCUAAUUGUGAUUUUGAUUAUAAUUGUCUUACAGAAACUGAAGUCUAGACUUUGCCAUCAUUCCCUGGCAUUACUGUAAAUUAUGUAUAUUGUGCACAUAUUUGUACUAUUUUGUAUAUAGUUGACUAUUUUAAUACAAUAAUUGGUUUGUAUUUUGUUGUAGUUUACUGCUGUAUAAAUUUAGUUUCACUCAACUCCCCAUCCUUAAACUGUCACAUUUCAGGAUCUUCCACCCUUUUCACAAUUUUAAAAGAAUUACUGUAGGUGGUGUGUAUCAUACAAUAUUUUUUCAAUAUAAAGAGGCUGAACUGAAAGGUAGUUUUAAGAUAAUAAAGUUGACAUUGCUUUCUAACUUGUAACUAUCCCAACAAUCAAACCUCUCAACCAGAAAGGGAAAGUGAAAACUUCCAAUGUAAUGGAUAUGAACCAUGAAAUAGAAAACAGAUGUUUGGAAGAUUGUGAGGGGGCAGGGGGAAUAGUUGGGUCAGAAAAGGAAGAGCUUCUAUAGUAGUGAAUAUUGCUGGAGGAUAAGUUUUUAAAAACCAUUAUUUUUAAGUGACCUAAUUAAGAUAUCAAUUUUCAAAUUUUGUUUUCUUUACACCAGUUGUAUAAAUUAGGAUUCUUUUAAAUUUACAUUUUACAGCUACUCAGUGUGCUCACCUUACUGAGAAAUAAAGCAGCUUAGCAUUUUGUAUCUGGCCUACUCUCGCCAAAUAUUUAAGUCUGGCAGCAUCUGUGGACAGAUUUGAUGAAUUGGGUUGAAUGGACAUUAGUGUUUUUGUUAUUCAAGAUUUUUAGCUUGUGCAGUGUUUGGUGAGACUAAAGGAAAAUAUAUAUUUGGUUCACAUUCUAAAAGAUGGAAGUACAUGCAUAAUACCCACACACAUCUAAUUCAAGUCAGAAGGACAUUGUUCCUCUAUCAGGUAAAAUUAGACCAUGUGUUGCAAUUCUU